CGCAUUGUUCUGGGCGUAAGUGAGGUUGGUGCAUUGUGCGUUCCGCAAAAGCGCGGCGGCGGCGGCGCUUCUGUUGCUGCUGCUGCGACCCAGGGAGGGGGAGUCGCCGCCGUCGCCAUGGAAGAGAAGCCGAACGACCAGCUGCUGUGCGACAGCCUCAUUCUCUGGUUGCAAACAUUUAAUACUGCUGAAUCCUGCAGAGACAUUCAAGGCUUAACUAAUGGUGUCGCCAUGGCACAAGCACUUCAUGAAAUUGAUGCUGCCUGGUUUGACAAAGCUUGGCUAAGCCGUAUUAAAGAAGAUGUUGGUGACAAUUGGAGAAUAAAGGCUAGCAAUUUGAAGAAGGUACUUCAAGGAAUUAUGGAUUACUAUCAUGAGUUUUUGGGCCAGCAGAUUUCAGAGGAUCUCCUUCCUGAUUUAAGCCGGAUAUCUGAACAUUCUGAUCCAGUAGAAUUGGGCAGGCUACUGCAGCUCAUUUUAGGCUGUGCAGUCAAUUGUGAAAAGAAACAAGAAUACAUACAGGUUAUAAUGACACUAGAAGAGUCUGUCCAGCAUGUUGUCAUGGCUGCAAUUCAAGAGUUAAUGAGCAAAGAAAUAUUGGGCUUUGUGGCAAAUGACUUACCUGGUGAUCUGGAGCAGCAGAUGAAAAGAGCAUUGGAAGAACUUAAUGAAGUGAUAGCUGAAAAAGAAGAACUGAAGCAAAGAUGUCAAGAACUAGAUCUGCAGGUGGCUGCCCUUCAGGAGGAAAAGAACAGCUUGAUGUCUGAAAAUGAGAUCAUGAAUGACAGGUUGGACCAGCUGGACGGCUCUCUGGAUGAUACAAAUACUGCAGUUGCAAAAAAGUAUUUUCAUGCACAGUUGCAACUGGAACAACUGCAAGAAGAAAAUUUCAGACUUGAGACUGCAAAGGAUGAUUAUCGUGUUCACUGUGAAGAACUUGAGAAACAACUGAUUGAGCUUCAGCAUCGGAAUGAUGAACUGACUUCUCUGGCAGAAGAAUCUAGAGCCCUGAAAGAUGAAAUUGACGUUCUUAGGAUGGUUGCUGACAAGACAAAUAAGCUGGAAUCAACUGUUGAGGUAUAUCGUAAAAAGCUGGAGGACUUGAAUGAUUUUCGCAGACAGGUGAAAUCUCUUCAGGAAACAAAUAUGAUGUAUAUGCACAAUACAGUUAGCCUAGAGGAAGAGCUAAAGAAAGCAAAUGCAGCCCGCGCACAGCUAGAAAUGUAUAAAAGGCAGGUCCAAGAACUUCAUAAUAAACUCUCUGACGAAUCCAAAAGAGCUGAUACAACUGCAUUUGAACUGAAGCGAUUAGAAGAGAAGCAUGAAGCAUUAAUUAAAGAGAAAGAGAGAUUGAUAGUACAGCGUGAUGCACUAAAAGAGACUAAUGAAGAGCUCAGGUGCUCACAAAUGCAACAGGAUCACCUGAACCAAACAGAUGCAUCUGCUGUCAAAAGCCAUGAAAAUCUUGCUGCUGAAAUUCUGCCUGUUGAAUAUAGAGAAAUGUUUAUCCGGCUACAGCAUGAAAAUAAAAUGCUUCAUUUGCAACAAGAAGGAUCAGAAAAUGAACAAAUUGCAGAGCUUCAAGAAAGGCUAGAACAAAAGCAUCGGACAAUAAAUGAAUUAGAGACAGAAAACAGGCUGAGCAAGGAGCGUAUUGGAGAGCUACAGCAGCAGAUUGAGGAUCUCCAGAAGACGUUGCAGGAACAAGAAUCCAAGACAGAAGAGGAAGAGUCAAGCAAGUUAAAGCAGAAGAUAGCAGCACACAUGGAGAAGCUGAGUGAAGUCCAUGAUGAACUGCAGAAGAAGGAGGCUCUUCUUGCAGAUCUCCAGCCAGAUGUAAAUCAAAAUGCACAAAAAAUUGAAGAACUGGAAGCUGCUUUACAAAAGAAAGAAGAAGAUAUGAAGUCAAUGGAAGACAGGUAUAAGAUGUACUUGGAAAAAGCAAGAAGUGUGAUAAAAACAUUAGAUCCCAAAUUAAAUCCAGCAUCUGCUGAAAUCAUGUUACUGAGAAAACAGUUGAUGGAGAAAGAUAAAAGAAUUGAAGCACUUGAGGGAGAAUGUAAAUUGGCCAAGCUACAUGAUCAUGAAGAAAAAUUAAUUGUGUCUGCAUGGUAUAACAAGAGCUUAGCAUUUCAUAAACUGGGCAUGGAAUCCAGACUCAUAAGUGGGAACACCCCCUGCAAGGAUGCUAGUGGCUGCCUACCUGCACGCUCUUUCCUUGCACAGCAGCGGCAUGUAACUAAUACCCGAAGGAAUCUUUCUGUUAAAGUACCUCCUGCAGCAUCAGAUUAAACUACAGAAGAUAUUCGUGCACUGAAGUGUCCUUAACUUAUUUUGUAACUUCUGUAUUAAACUACCUGAGAAAGAAUGAAAUUGUGAUGCAGGGCAUCAGCUAUUUUACAUGUGAAACCCAGAUGCUGGUAAAUUUAAUUUGGCCAGCUGAUUCUAAGACUUGAGGUAUGUGUUGAUAAGCACACCUCCUAAAGGAUUUAUAUUUAGUGUCAUUAUGUUGUGUAUAAAAAUACAAAAUUGGCAUUGUAUUUAAAAUACUAUUUAAUGGUUUCAGACUAGGAUGUUUACUGAUUUUAAUGGGAAUAAAUUUUUAUUAAUAACAUUUUGGGAUAGUAUACCUUCCUUUUCCCUGCUUGUCCAGUUCUUUCUGUUACUUUACAAAAACAACAAUAAACAAAUUGGAAAAUUUAGUGUACCAUUCAUGGCACAUGGUUGUUUUGCUUCCAUGCAAAAUACAACCAAAGUGAGCUACUGAUUUCACAAUUUGAUUUUAAGGUUCUGGUAUUCUGAUGUCAGUUGAAAACCUUUUAUACUCCCCUGCAACAGGAAUUGACUAGAUUGUAAGAACUGCUGAAUCAUCAUUUUAUGUAGCUAAAAUGAAGGCGCUUCCCUUUGCAAAAGGGUGAAAAUCCUGCAAAGCCAAAAUGUCUAUUUCAAUUGAAACAAUGAUGUUUAAAAACAAACAAAAACCUUUGUAGAACUUCAGCAUUUUUAGAGGCUGCAAAACUAAUCUUAAGCCUUUUAAUAUGCUUCUGCUCCAGGACCCUGGAUGCUUGGCCAUGCAUGGUUUGUUCAUUUAGGGAUGCAGUAUCUUCAGCUGGGCACACUGAACAGAAAAAAUUGGAGACAUGCUGAUCCCCUAAAGGCUAGAUACAGAUGUCCCAGACAUCGUGUAUCAGACCUGUGGACAUGACUGUGCUCUAGCCGGGAGUGGACUGAGCCUGUGUCCAAAAUUUGAUGGCAUGAAAAUGCUUACAUUAAGCAGUUACCAUUCUGUUCUUGUACCUUUGUCAAUUUAACAGCUUUAGAAUAGAUGUUCUGCAAUCAGUAGCCUUAUAAGAAGCAGCCCCUAUGUUUGAUUUUAAAGCCUUCUAAAGGAUUUUAAUAUAAAUAUGAGUGACAUUUCAAUCUAUUUAAAAGUGUGAUAAAGAACAAGAGCAGCAAGUGCAAUCCUUUUGGUGGUUUAUGCACCCUUUACAUUGUGCAAAUGGAAAAAUAGGCUGUUGUCCAUGAAAAUUCUUGCUGCAGCAGACCAGCUUGCUUCUAAGAUUCCACUAACUUUAAAAUCAAGGCACAAUUAAAAUCAGGCAAUUGUUUAGUUUGAUAAUUAUACAGUUUUAAUUGUAUAAUUAUCAAACUUUUAUACAGUUUGAUAAUCCCAAAGCAAACAAAACACAGCUGAGUGCAGUUCAUAGGAUGCAAUGCCUGUUUGUUUUCAAGGUGGAUCUUGAGUUUAAAAAUAAGCACAUACAUUCAAAGUAAAUUCUGUGUAAUGGGCCAGGUUUUUAUGUUUGUGAAUAUAAUGCAAGCUUGAACUUUAUUACCGAUCAUUCACACACCUCAAAUAAAUGAGGUAUAUAAUUUGGGUUAUGCAGUUUUGUUGUUUUAUUUUGGUUAGACACAGCACUCUAAGAUUUGUAAUCUGAAAUGACGUCAGGCUUGACUAAUGUUUGUGAUUUAUUAAAGCAGGGCUGUGAUGACUGGUGUUGCAGCUGCAGUAUUACAUGCUAUUGUGUAUAUGUUAAUACUACAAUUCCAACUCUUCUGUGUAAAUCUUAAUACCAGCAGUGAUGUCGUUUAGCAGUGCAUCCCUGUGCAUGGCUACUCUGCCACAAGUCCCAUUGAGCUCCAUGGGGCUUAUUCCCAGAUAAGUGUAUUGCAGCCCAAGUGUAUCAAUGUCAGGGCCUUCACAGUUUCUCCAGUUCUGUUUUACACGUUUGUAUGUGUCUGUUGACAGCCUCUUAAGUUUUAAAGAGCAUCACUUUAGUCUCAGCAAAAGCAUACUUAAAAAUAUACUAGGCUUCUUCAGCUACUGUAAUAUCUGUUACUAGAAAGGCAGUAUCAAUGUCCCAGUGCAGUUCAAGUUAGUUAUGACUUGGAAAAUGUGGCAAUGAAACUGGCCAUGACUGAUCUGAUUUCAACUAACUUGAGCUGGCUUGAGUUUGGUACUGAAAGAUAUAACUCUCCUGUAUGAAUAUUUCAGUAUUGCAUAUCUCCAUAUUACUAGGUCAGAAAAAUGCAGCCUCUGGCAGACUUAAAUAAUAAAACUUGGAUGAAAAGGUCCAUGCUAGUUUAGGAAGACUGAAUGCUGUCAUCAGUGAAAAUUGUAGUCAAGCAUUUAGAUGAAAUGACAUUUGAAGCAUGCUCAAAAUAUUUGAUAUUGUAACACAAAAAAAAUUCACCCAACUACUAUGGAGAUGGAGCUGCUAGAUGACUGGCUGCCAAUUUUGGCAAUAGCAACGUAUGACCUUGUCUAGUUCCAAUUCUAACUUGGUUUAAUAUCAUGCAACUACUUCCCUUGUCUUGUUUCUCUAUCUUCCUGAAAACUCACCUGUUUUGAGGUUAAAUCUAAAAGGCAAAGACAUUCAGGUUAUAUACUCAGGUGAUGCACAGGCUAUGGACAGUUCUAGGUCCUCUUCAGUCUGUUCAGGUGAGGACAGCCUUCUCCAACUAGGUGCACUCCACAUGUUUCAAAUACAAUUCCUAUCAGUCCCCACCAGCAUAGCCUGGAAAACAAUUGUAUGCAACACCUGUCUAUGCAUGUUUUGCCUCACUACUGAAGGCAAAAUCACAUUAUGGGUCCUUGAGCAUGGUAAAACUGAAAGUCUACAGGCAGAACAAUUUGUUGUAAUUGUGUGCAACUGAAUUUUUCGUCAGCUACUUGGUAUAGCACUAAUUUUAAACUUGAACUACCUCCUUUAAUAUAAUUGAAAUAUUUGAUCACCAGCAACUGAAUUCAGAAUUCCCCUCUUUUAGUCAAGAAAGUAUAAAGUUAAGAUAAAUCAAACUAUUCUGAUUUUAUUCUGAAUUUUUAAGUUAAUAAUGAUUUAACUAUAAUUUGUGUGUCUUGUAUUACUUCACUUAAUAUGGCAUAUUUAACCCAAGUGGCGCUUAACAGUUUGUCCCCUGUAUUGAUUGCAUGAUUGUUUUCAUUAGAUUCAAAAGUGUUCUGUUAGUAUAGCAAUUUAUGAAUUUUCACCACUUUUCAUUACUUUUUUAAAAAAAAUCAUGAUCACCUUUUAGAAAUUUGCUUUUAGAGUUCUUUAUUAUCAAACUAAAGUGUACUAUAGAAAUGAUGACAAGUUUCUCUUAAGACAAACUUUUUUAAAAAAGUAAAAGUGUUGAGCUCUUCUUCAGUAAUCACAAUUGUAAGCAAUACUAAUAUAUUCCUUUAAUAAAGAUAAGUUGUAGGUCUGACUUUAUAUUUUCAAAAUAUUAGACAUGUCAGAAUCUAAUGUCUUUGAUGUGUUUAUGUCUGCACCUGUGCAAAAAAAUGGACAGUAUAGAAAUAGUGGGAAAAUUGCACUAAUUUGUAAACAUGGUUUUAUUCUUUCUUCAAGAAAUAUUAUUUUAUAUUCACAUUAAAAAUGACACUAUU